UCAUUUUAUUAGAUGGAUGAUCAGGGGAGCUCAAACAACUGUGGCAGCAGCUCUGGCAGUGAGAAGGGUAGUGGGACUAGAAUUACUAGAUCUCAGCGGGGAGGAAAUUCCAGCUCUACGGAAGAAUCAACAACAGCAUCAACGUCUACAGUUAAACCUGAACCAUCAGUGAAAGUAGAGGAAUCAGCUCGUCCUACAACUAACAUGGAUGAUGCAGUUCAUCCACGAAAAAGAAAAAUUAAGAUGAAGGAGCCAGAAGUGGAGUCUCCUGUUGUUUCACUUGUUGAUCAGCCAAUGAGUAAUUGCUAUGAAACAUUUCUCAGUAUUAGGAAACAGGUAGGUGUAACCAUAAUCCAUCAUUUUAUUUACCGUAAGACAUUCAUGCUCUUUUCAUUUAUAUAUAUCAACACAAAAGCACACACCUACCUUAUAGAUCUGCUAGCAGUUGUUGACAUGUAUAUAUGCAAUACAUGAAUAUUUUUUUUUUCUAAACUGGAGAACUUU